GUUAUAGCCAUACGGCCUCGAUUCCCUACGCCAAGCAGUAGACAGAAAUGGCUUCCUUCCAUCUCUGCCACUGCAAGGCCGGCCUCCAAUCUCAAAACCUGGCCCCACUCACAUCCAACCCCACCAAUCACACGGCUCUGAUCUCUAACCUACUCCCUCACAAGCCCAACUCCAUCAAAUUCAACAAACUAGAGCUAAAAUCUACCCCCACAAGAAGGGCCCACCACAUCUUCAAUACCCUUCCCAAGUCCCCUGAAAACUCAUCAUCCACCGUCCAUGAACCGCCCCUUAAGAUCGGGAUCGUUGGAUUCGGAAACUUCGGUCAGUUCAUCGCAAAGGCACUAAGGCGACAAGGCCACACCGUGCUAGCGACGUCCAGAUCGGACUACUCGGAGUACUGCCAGCAGCACGGGAUCGAGUUCUUUCAAGACAUCAACGGAUUCUGUACAGAGCAGCCGGAUGUGAUAGUAGUUUGCAGUUCGAUCCUCUCGACGGAGUCCGUUCUCCGAGGAAUCCCGUUGCAGAAGCUGAAAUCUGAUACCAUUUUCGCUGAUGUGUUAUCCGUCAAACAGUUUCCGAGGAAUCUCUUCCUAGAGGUUCUUCCGCCAGAAUUCGGGAUCGUGUGCACGCAUCCGAUGUUCGGACCGGAGAGCGGAAAGAAUAGCUGGGCGGGAUUGCCGUUCGUUUACGACAAGGUCCGGAUCGCCGAGAACAGCAUUCAAGAUCGCAAAUGUGCGCAGUUCUUGAGCAUUUUCGAGGAAGAGGGUUGUCGAAUGGUGGAAAUGUCGUGCGAAGAGCAUGAUCGUCAUGCUGCUGGUAGCCAAUUCAUAACACAUACCAUUGGAAGGAUUCUAUCGCAUCUCGAUCUGGAGUCGACACCCAUCAAUACAAAAGGAUAUGAGACUCUCUUGCAACUGACUGAAAAUACGGUCAGCGACAGCUUUGAUCUCUACUACGGCCUCUUCAUGUACAACGUGAAUGCCACUGAGCAGAUUGAGAAUCUGGACAGAGCAUUUGAGACGGUGAAGCAGAAGCUAUUUGGGAGGCUCCAUGACAUACUGAGAAAGCAGAUCGUAGAGAGGGUCCCAAUGCAAGGAGUCGUCCCAUCAAAGGCCACAAGGGAAGUGGGCCACACACCAUACUUCUUGCCCAAUAGUGAGAGAAUGACAGACCUGGCUUCCUUUGCGAUGCCCCCUCCUCCACAACCACAACAAAGCAAAGAUGAGGCCGUUUCAACGCCCAAAGAGGCUCGAGUGGCUGCUUCACGGGUAGCUUAGGCCCACUUCAUUUGUAGAGAUGUUUUUAUUUUUAUUUAUUUGGUCCAUGUCAUGUGCUUUUCUAGCUUUU